CAAUUCCAAUAUGGUGGUCAGCUUGGCAGACUUACGUUUCUUGUUGACGAUAUUGUUGUUCUGCUGGUUCGGGUUCGGCGCCUGCAGCCAGCAAGCCCCGGAGGUUCUGGGGUUGCGAAUAGAGGAGCCCAACGCUAAGGUAUUUAUGCGAGGGCGGGUCAUCUCAGCGCCGUACGGAGCCAUUUUCCAGCUUCGAUUGUUCUGUUCUCACCUGCCUAGUGCGGAUAAGUCGUGGGUAGCUUUCGCUAAAGCGAAAGGGGUGGCAGAUGGUGUUGCAGAGGCACCAGACCCAUGUGAGAAGGAGACGCUCCGGAACUCUUCUGCGUUCCAAGCCAUCAAAGAGUUUGAACAAGACGAACCUAACAGUGGAUUGAUAACGGUCCAGGCGUCGGAGGUUAGCAUCCCUGCUGCAUCCGGGGAAGGAGACGAGACCAAUCCGGGAUAUCAUCACAUAUGCAUCCUAAAACACGACAAAUGGGCAACGCUGGGUCCUGACAGAUUUCGUGUUGUGACACAUCUGGAUCUACCAAGCGAUCACAUUCCAGCGUGGGGCUUGGCGGUGGGUAUAGUUUUGAUUAUAAGUUGCUGUGCGGUAUUCAGAAGUGUGAAUCUCAGCCUGUUGUGGCUUGAUCCGCUGGAGCUGUACGUGCUGCACAGCUGCGGUUCAGAGAAGGAGAAACGGGCGGCAAAGCGGCUGGAGCCUGUGAGAAGACGAGGAAAUUUCUUGGCAUGCGCCUUGCUGUUCACCUGUGCUCUGGGUCACUCCGCGCUUGGCGUGCUGUUCUACCGAGCCCUGGGAUCCGUGGCACCCGCGGUGUUCGUCUGCGGUCUCUUAAUCUUUCUGUUGGCCGAACUGCUACCGCACGUGAUAUGCUCUGGUUACGGAUUCCAGCUCGCCCCAAAUUUGACAUGGUUAGCUCAGGUCUGCAUGGUGCUGACCUGCCCGCUAUCCUGUCCGCUGGGGUUACUUUUAGAUUUGGCAUUGCGCCGCGACAUCAGCACCUGCAGUGUGCGCGAGAAGACCAUGGAAAUGAUCAGGACCAAUGUCAACGAUCCCUACAACGAAUUCGUCAAGGAGGAGUUCAGCCGCGGUGCUCUUAGGACAAAAACGGUGGAGGACAUCCUAACCCCGCUGAAAGAUUGUUUCAUGCUUCCUUCGACCGCGGUGCUGGACUUCGGGACCAUGUCGGAGAUCAUGCAGAGCGGUUACACGCGCGUUCCGGUGUACGAGGAAGAGCGGUCGAACAUCGUGGAGAUUUUGUACGUCAAGGACUUGGCGCUAGUUGACCCCGAUGACUGCACGCCGAUGAGCACCAUCACCAAGUUCUACAACCAUCCUCUUCAUUUCGUCUUCAACGACACGAAGCUGGAUGCCAUGCUGGAGGAAUUCAAGAAAGGCAAUUCCCACCUGGCCAUCGUGCAGAAGGUGAAUAAUGAGGGCGAGGGUGACCCCUUCUACGAGGUGCUGGGUCUGGUGACGCUGGAGGACGUCAUCGAGGAGAUCAUCAAGUCGGAGAUCCUGGACGAAUCUGAUGGCUAUAUGGAGACCAAGGUUAAGCGUCCCCUUGCCCCGCUGGAGAUUCCCCUGGAGCCCCGCACUGUCCACGAGGAGUUCUCACUCUUCAAGCUGCCAGAGGGGGAGUCCAAGAUCCGAACCUCCCCCCAGCUGCUGCUCGCCACGCACCGUUUCCUGUCCCGAGAGGUGGAGCACUUCAGCCCCCAGAGGAUGUCCGAGAAGGUGCUUUUUCACCUACUUCGGCACCCCAGCGUCAACCAGGAGGUGAAGUUCGACCCAGCAAACAAGCUGAGCCCUGAGCACUACCUGUACACACGCAACCACCCAGUGGACUACUUUGUCCUGCUACUACAGGGCCGCGUGGAGGUGGAGAUCGGUAAAGAGGGCUUGAAGUUUGAGAAUGGUGCCUUCACGUACUACGGCGUGUCAGCCCUCACAGCACCCUCUUCAGUGCACCAGUCCCCCGUGUCCACUCAGCGGCGCUCCCCUCGGGACCCCUUUGAGCUCGGGGAGGCCUCCAGCCCGUCCAGCUACUGCCCCGACUACACCGUCCGCGCCCUCACUGACCUGCAGCUCAUCAGGGUGACACGGUUACAGUACCUCAACGCCCUGAUGGCUUCACGUGUGGCCCAGAGUCCCGACCCCCCUGAGAUUAAAGUCCUUCCCAACAGCCAGACCAAGCUCCUGAAUGAAAGGAACACCAACCCAGGUGGGAGCAAGAGCAAGGAGAACGUGGCUGCAGAGGAAACUCAAGGAUAAAAAGUUUCACUUUUCCCAUCUCAUUUAUGUGUAACUGAUCGAGAGGAUGAUUUUUAGAAUCAGCUUUUUUUUUUUUUUUUUUUAACAAAAUGAUUUUUUUAACAAAAUUUUUUUUCUGGAACUUAGUAUCUGAGCCAGGGCUUGAGGCAGAGGAAUUGGAAAGGAUGGAGCCUAAAGCGACAGACGGACUCUUGCCAUUCAUGACCCUGCAGUGGGUGUGGCCACAAGGAGGGCCGGCAGAGACCUCACCGGAGUCUUGCUCACAUUCUCUCUUGAUACAAUUCAUUUUUAUAUGCCCCCCCACUCCAAUUGGCAGUUUUAAAACAAUAAUU